GGAGACGCGCUGGAAGUUCAGCUCGCAGCUCCGCGUCGCCCUUCUUCUCCCUAAGUGUGGUGCGUGGCUGUGAUGGGGAUGACAGCUGAUGGGUUUUUUUGACCAGAGAAACCGAUUUGAUCUCAUUUUCACUGCUGCGUUAGUCUGUUUGUCUAACUUUACCAGGACUCCAUUUUUAUUAAAUUGCGCAGAGAAAUUCCAGGGAGUAAAUGGAUGGUAAUAGACUUGAAUCUGGGCUGUGUGGCUGAGUAGCGGUUCAGUCCUUCGCAUCAUGAAGUCCUGCAUGCGCGCCUAAAAUAGCGCUUCUUCUCAUGUUCUCAUAGCGGAUUGAUGGGUUCCUAACGCACGGAAAUAUUUUCGUGUUGUGAUCUAAGCUUGACUGAUGUGCGUGUGUGUCUCUCUCUGUGUGUAUGUGUGUGUGUGACGCACUGCAGUUAUUAUGUCGCCUAAAGACCCUGAGUGUUUGACCAUCUCCAUAAUGUUUAUUUAAAGACUCAGGAGCUGCGCACACUGCGGUUUGUUGGUAAUAUCGCUGGAACUGUGCGGUAUCGCACCUCCGAAAGUUUCCCUUACAUGGGAUUUGAGACGGAUCCACCCUCUCAGGCUUCAGUGAUAGCCAAUGGAAGCUAAUGCCUUUAGUCAGAGACAAGCCAAGGUAGAUAUUUCAGUUGUCAGAAUUAAAAAAAAAAAAAAAAGAUUGCACUUUCCUAUUAGACAGCAAACUCUAUCUGAUUGAACACCUACAGAGAUGAUUUACAUGGUCCACUGAAGACCAACUGGGCCCAAAGAAUAUCAGUUCAACGCUGGAGGAGGGAGUGUUACUGUGGAAUAACUUCAGCUUAUAAACAGGAGGGAACAUUCCUGUUACAAAGUGAGGUUGAAACACUGGGGGUGCAGACUAGUGCUCGCCAGCUGGUAUCUCUCAUUAAGAAAGAUCAACACUUGCUCUUGUCCAAAGUUAGUGUCACCAAGAAUCUGCUGGAAAGACACAGCUGCCAGGAGAUAAACUGGGCACAUGGUCAUGCCAAAUAGUCAGAGGACGGAAGGUCACUCAUGCUCUGUUCCUCUGUUUACAAUGACAUGGCUUAAAAAGAGCUUUAUUUUACUCUUCACUUUUUACGUAUAGGAUAAAGAUAACGGAUAAACUUUAUAAUAAGCCAGGAGCAUUCGUCUGUGGAUCCACAAUCUUACCUGUCAGACACCCCGAUUGUAAUAUUAUAACAGUGUUACUAUUUCUGCAUGCUAAGUGGAUUUGUGAGAUGGUUUGGGGCUGAACCCACCGAUUCACAUCGAUGAGUAAGGGCACUCAGCUUCCCCUCAACGGCCCCUGUGCAUCUACAGAUUCAUCUCCUCAGGACAUGCACAAGGUUUUUUUUCCGGAGAUGAAACAGCCAAACCUACGUCAAGGCUAUAUCCCCAUCCCAGUCACCCAUGAAAAUAUCGAACCCAGGCAGCAACAGUAUCCACCAUUUUCUUAUAUGUAUCCGACAAACCAGCAAAACCUAAGAGCAGAUGGCCGGACUCCUUCCCCAACUCCCACACUGCACUGUCGACCAAGAUCUCCAGUACAGGCCACGUCAGAGGCCGAUUCACACUGCCUGUCCUGUUCACCUGCUUCACAUGGACCUGAGGCCCACCAUGUGCACCACUCGCCACAGGGGACACAAUCUCAUACCAACUCACAUCAUCAACCUUCCAGACCCAGCAGCACAGGCCUCCGGGCGGGCUAUAUUCCCAUUCCUGUCAUUCAUGAGGGGACCGGAGGCAGCCCACAAACCCAGAAUGUCCAUCCUAAGCGCUUCUGGCAAACAGAAUACCAACCCUCUGUUCACAGCCGCCAACCAGAAGAGUGGAGUCCUAGCCCUGCAUUUUCCACAAGAGAAAAAGCUCCAACCUACCGUGAACAAGUGCCCAUUCAGCUUGAGCAGAAUCGCUCAGCUAGUCCUAUCUUACUGCACAGCGUAAGGGCUCAGGAGCCAGUCAGAGCACAGGUCAUGAGUGAGAGGCCACAGGUCCAGCAGCAUGUUGUACAUACAGAGAUUCCUCCUAAGGUUGAUCAUCCUGUUGAACAUCGUACCAUCCACCCCAUUGAGAUUCCUAUUCAGAGAGUGGCUGAACCACAGCAGCCUGUACCACAUCCCAUAUCACCACUGGCACAGCAUCCUAUACUGGAACCCGAACAGGAACUUUUUCAGACCCCCAUACAACAGUCUGUACGAGAGCCUGUGCAGACCCCUAUACAACAGCCUGUGCGAGAGCCUGUGCAGACCCCCAUACAACACCCUGUGCUAUCUGAACAAGUGCCACCUCCAAUGCCAGAGACCGCCAGUGCAGGUUCCAUGCAGGUUCCAGCAUCGCCAGAACCCCAGGAACCAGCAGGUCCACACCCGGAAAUUCAACUUGAGGAGAAGGUGGAAGCAAGCUCAAGUCACCCAGGACUGGCAAAGGUACAGCAAAUUUUGGAGCGGGUGGAGAAACUGGCCCAGGAAGUGAAAGGUUUUGACGGGAAAAAGAAUGAUAAAAGAUAUCUGACACUGGAGGAAUUUUUGACCAAAGAACUGUUGGCUCUGGACUCGGUUGAUCCAGAGGGACGUAUAGAUGUGCGUCAGGCCCGUCGCGAUGGUGUCCGCAGAGUACAAACCAUUCUUGAGGAACUGGAGACACUGGGUGAGCAUUCAGAAGCACAGGUGAGCAUCAGCAGCACUGAAGCUGAGAAAGGAGAGCCUAGUUUGAUCAACCAGGCAGACAUGGAGAAGGCCAAGGAGAUAUCAUAACUGCAAACCAAAGUUCUAGUAUGAAAGAGACACCAAUCACAUCUCCUCAGUCUGUUAUUGGUUGCAUGCACAAUUAAUUUAAUUGUUCCGUUGGCUGACAGUUAAUAUGUGAUUUGUUUGCUGAGUGCAGUUAUGCGUGCUGUUAUGUGAUGGCGCUCUUGUGGAAUUUUACUGUACAAGUGUCUUGUAGCAGGACCAUAGUGGUGACCUUGUGGUGGCUAAGUUUCAUCCUGAAACUCAGCCUCAAAUAAGAGGCCUUUAUUCAAAUGAAUGUGCUUUAUUUUUGCUUCUACUUAGGACGAGUAUCCGAUGUUUGCCUUUAGUCUUUUCCAUGUAUGAUGAAAAGCUUUUGAAAUUCCAAUGAGAAUACCCACUGUUUCUUAGAAGGACACUGAUUUUAUUCAUUGAUUUUAUAACAGCGGGCAAAGACAAACAAUUAACACAUAUAAAAAGGGUCAAGUUUUCACAUGAAAAACAAACUCCUUAUAUAGCCUAUAUAUUCUUUACAUUUGGAAAACAAAAAACUGAUCAGAUUAGCAGUGUUUUGACUAUAAUGUUGUGAUCUUGAUACUUGUCAACAUCAGUGUUAAUGGUUGAAUGAUAUAGACAACAGUGUUAUAUUUCUAUUCUAUUUUUGUGCCAAAAUGAACAUUUUUACAUAUUUUCCAGUGGUAAAAAUGUCCUCCAUCUCCAUUAAAGUGUGUUCUCUUAAAACACAAAAUAUACAUGAAUAAUAAAAGACCUGAAAAGUA